GGAGGGGUUGUGUCGCGAGGUAUGCCGGGAAAUCCCCGCCCUGGAAGGAGGGGGGACGCGGUCACCGCGCGUGCGCAGGCGGCGGGGCUUCGGGGGUUGCUAGGCUUCCUGUGGCUUGGCCGAGACUUUAGCUGAACCUCUGGCAGCUUCUGACGUACAGAAAACCGUGGUGUCAGAGUUGGAAAGACGGCUGUGUUCUUUAUAUUUUGGAUCGGAAUUUCUUUUUCUUCAUUGUCAUCUAUAGACAUUAUUGAAUUAUUUUGGUGCUAAGGCUCCCAUCUGCCAUCAGAUGACUUUCUGCCUGACUGAGAUGCACCUGUGGUCUUUGAAGACUACCUUACAUAUCAGAGAUGAAGAUAUUGGGAUUCACCAGUACUAUGACAAGAAAGAACCAGCAUCACAGAUGAAGCAUGGUUACUUAGAAGACAAGCAAAAGCUAGCAGAAUCUCGAGAUUAUCCUUGGAUACUUAAAAACAAACGACCAGAAAAACUGCGAGAUACACUCAAGGAGGUAGAGGACUUAAUGCAAAACAGUCAAUGUGUGCUGAGCAAAUGGAAGAACAAACGUAUCUGUCAGCUCCUCUUUCAUUCAGGAAUAUUGGUGUCCCUAAGCCUUUCUGGGCCACAGCUGGAGAAAGUGGUGAUUGACAGGACCCUGGUGGGGAAGCUCAUCUCCGACACCAUCAGUGAUGCUGUUCUUACAGACAAUUUCAUCAUCUUGUCAUUCGAGGACCAUAACCAACUCUGCUUCAUUCAGUUUACAAAGAAGAUGGGUUCUCCUGAUGUAAACAGAAGGCUGGAAAAACUCUCUUGUUUGGAUUUUAAGAUUUCUUAUAUUGAUAUACCUGGACCAGAAGGUAGAAGGAUGAAACGUCACCUGGCAAUAAACUAUAUGCAAGACAUGGUCAUUUGCUGGUGGUCAGCAGCUAGUGAUGGAGCAUGGCCUUGGUCUCCUAUUUCCUCUGAGAGGGACAGAGCCAACCUAUUGCUAUUAGGCUGUGCAAAUGGCAAACUGGAGGUUCAGAGUUACGUCCGUACGGAAUGGGAUCCACUCGAUGCUAGCUUCAGCACCAAGGAGCCUUAUCGGGUUCACAUAGUCGAGCACUCCAUCUCUGCAGACAAAGAGCCAAUGGCAGACAGCUGCGUCUACGAUUGUGUUAGGAACAAAAUUCAGUGUGUGGCAGUCACCAGAAUACCACUGCCAUCAAAGGCCAUCAGCUGCUGCAGAAAUGUUACAGAAGACAAACUAGUCCUGGGUUGUGAAGAUUCAUCAGUAAUUCUGUACGACGCCUACAACCAAGUGACUCUGUUAGCCCAAGCAAAACUAUUGCCUGUGUUAAUGACUUACCACCCUUCUGGAGCCAUAUUCGUGGUUGGCAGCUCUCAAGGGGAGCUGCAGCUUUUUGACACAGCACUGUCCCCAGUUAAAAUUCAGCUGCUGGCAGAAGAGUUUUCACCUGAGGCAACUUUGCAAUUCAGCAAACACUUUGACACGUCUAGCAGCCUUGUCCGGAUCCACUGGGCGGCUGCUGAAGGUGCAUCUCCCUCCACUGAUGGCACAGAUAUCCAUGAUCUUUUGUUGGUUAGAUUUGACAAAGGACCCUUAGGAGUACUUCGCUUUAAACUUGGUGUGAUCACAAGAGGACAGCUGGGCCUUGUAGAAAUCAUCCACCAAUACAUUUGUUAUGAUGAGAUACACGAGGCAAUUAAUGUCCUGAACACCAUGAACUGGAACACGAUGGGUCGUCAGUGUUACAUAUGCUUGAGUGCCAUUGUCAAUCACCUUCUUAAACAAAAGCUUACACCAGACAGAGAAGCACAGCUUGAGGCAAGCCUUGGAACCUUUUAUGCUCCAACAAGACCCCUCUUGGAUACAACCGUGCUAGAGUACAGGGACCCCAUCAGCAGAUACGCAAGAAGGUUCUUCCACCACCUGCUCAGGUAUCAGAGAUUUGAGAAAGCAUUUCUGCUAGCUGUUGACAUAGGUGCUCGGGACCUGUUUAUGGACAUCCAUUACCUUGCACUAGAUAAGGGUGAAUUGGCACUAGCUGAAGUGGCAAAGAAAAAGGCUAAUGACAUUGAUGCAGAAUCAAUAACUACUGGAAUUGGACUUCUGGGGCAGUCAGAAGAAGAAGACACGCCACGCAAAGCUUUUGUCGACCAGCCUCCAGCUCAUGGAGGCAAGCAUGAUGUGCCCGCUCCUGGCCCAUCCACCAGCCCGCCGGCACGGAGCUGCUCCCGCAGACCUGCUGGCAGCAGACAGUCAGAGGACAGGGACGGGAAGUCUGGAGCCGGUGACCAUGCCACCUCCCUGGUGGAGAAGCCCUUUCCUGGGAGCCAGGAAGGAAAUUUGAGAGCAGUUCCUACAGAGCAGCUUCCUGAAACUUCCAGAGCCUGCCCCUGCAAGCUGUCUGCCUGCAGGGCUCUCGCUGAAAUUGGUAGAAAUGCUGCCUAUACUGUGCUGCUAGGACAGGGCUUCGUCCGCAGCGCGGAGCUGAGCGCAGCGCGUGAAAGUCAAAAAUCAUGAUUAGCCAGUGGCUGCUGAAUGGGAUCUAAGAAAUGGCUCCUUGUCCCUGCUCCACGUUCAUCUUACAUGAGCUAGCUGGUGCUCAUAUUGGUUCUUUCAACAGCGAGCCCAUGGUAGAUAGGAGUGAAAUCCUACCCUGGGGUUUCAUGAUCACUUUAAGCUGAUUUAACUGCAAGGUGCUGCCAAAAAAAAAAAAAAAAAAAGGUGACCCAGCCCUUUCUCCCCCCCCCCCGCCCCGUCAGCCUCCAGCCUUAGGUCCUCCUCCUCCUCUCCUGCACUGCCGUGGGAGCUCGUGCACUGCAAGAAGCCCACCGGGGCAGGGAGGAAAGGACCCCAUGCAGGUAGGGAGACGGUGACCCCAGCCCCAAACCCUGCACUACGCCAUCUCCCCAGGGACCUGCCCUGGGCCAGUGCCCCGGGGGUUUGGUGUUGGUGCUUACAGAGCACAUACGUCGGGCUGGUGAGUCAGCAGCGUGCGGCACUGACGCACUCCUCCAGCCCUCGUUUACGGGGGAAAAAAGUAAAUAAAACACGAGCUGUGUCACGGCAGGACAAGUAAGGGUAGAAGGCUGCCUAUAUUGUAGCCACCUCUGUUGAAACUUUUAUUUUCGAGGCCAAAGCAUUCAAUGUUUGGCCACGGUACAAACAGAUCAUUAAAAAAAAAAAAAAAAAAAAA